CUAAUCACCCCCAAAAUCCCAAACCAAAUUAGGGUUUUUCCGUAUCAUCACCAUCACCACCAUAACACCAAAAACCUGCAAAUCAACAAUCAACACUCAACAAUGAAGAAAAACUCCACCAAAACUUCAACUCCGGCGACCAAAUUCCACUCCGAUUUCAGCACCUGCUCGAAAAACAAAGACUUCACCGGAGCAAUCACUCUCUUCGAUUACGCAAUCUCACAAAACCUAAAACUCAACCUGCACCACUUAAACUGCUUCCUAUACAUAUGCGCAAACUCAACCGAGUCAUUCGGAGCUCUCGCAAUCGAGAAAGGAUUCCACAUUUACAAUUACAUGAUAUCGAGUAAGAUAAACCCUAACGAAGCUACUAUAACCGCUGUAUCUAGGUUAGCUGCUGCUAAUAACGAUGCGGAUUAUUCGUUUGAGUUAGUUAAGAGUUUAGGUAACUAUAAUGUGAAGCCUAGGUUAAGGACUUAUGAUGCCGCUUUGUUUUGUUAUGUUAAGUUAUUAGACGCCGAAAAGGCGUAUGCGGUUGAGGAUGAUAUGUUAACUUUAGGUUUGUGUUUGGAGGAACCGGAGAUUAGCGCGUUGUUGAAGGUUAGUGUGGAGGUUGGUGAUGCGGAUAAGGUGUAUGGUUAUUUGCAUAAGUUGAGGGCGGGUGUGCGGUGUGUUGGUGAAGAGACGGUGGCGGUUAUUGAGCGGUGGUUUAGUGGGAGAGUGGGGGAGGGAGUGGGGUGUGGGGUGGGGGAGGGGGUUAAGGAGGUUAUGGUGAAGAAUGGGGGUGGGUGGCAUGGGCUUGGGUGGUUGGGGAAGGGGAAGUGGGCGGUGCGGAGGACGAGUGUUGGUUUGGAUGGUGGUUGUUGUGGAUGUGGGGAGCGGUUGGCUUGUGUUGAUAUUGGGAAGGAGGAUACGGAGAAGUUUGCGCAGUCGGUUGUUGCGUUGGCGGUUGAGAGGGAAAAACGGUCUAACUUCACUCAGUUUCAGAAUUGGCUGGAUCAACAUAACGAUUUUGAAGCUAUAGUGGACGCAGCAAAUAUCGGACUCUAUCAGCAAAACUUUGCAGACGGUGGAUUUAGCGUUCCUCAGCUUGAAGCUGUUGUUAAGGAACUCUAUAACAGAAGCAACAAAUGGCCACUAGUUAUUCUACAUGAAAAACGACUACAUACCCUUUUAGCUAAUCCUUGUAAUAGAGAGAUACUUCAGGAGUGGAUUGAAAAUGGGAUUCUAUAUGGAACACCAGUUGGUUCAAACGAUGAUUGGUAUUGGCUUUACGCUUCUGUAAAACUCAAGUGCAUGCUUGUGACUAAUGAUGAAAUGCGAGAUCACAUUUUUGAACUUCUCGGGAGCAAUUUCUUUCCCAGGUGGAAAGAAAGACAUCAGGUUCACUACGCAUUUCCUAAAGGUCAACUUAAACUCGAGAUGCCACCAUCAUACUCGAUUGUCAUUCAGGAAUCGGAGAGAGGGGCGUGGCAUGUACCUGUAACAGGUGAAUACAAGGACGAGUCACAAAGAACGUGGCUUUGCGUUACCCGUCCCGAAACCUUUAACGCUUCCGACGAGUUUGCCAAGUCUGCAGAAGCUCGGGAAUCUGGAAAGAUGAUUAACGGAAAUGAUUUAAAUCCGUGUUCCAAUUCUUUGAAUAAUUCUGAAACUAUUUGUAUAACGGGUAAAAGAAAGGAAAGAUCGGAAUCUCCAACCGAGUAGUAUUUUCGUGAGAUUCGCUUGCGAGAAUCGACCACAAUUUUUUUUUAGAAAGGUUGGAUGUUUCAAAAUUUUGGUGACAGUGAAUACCCUUGCUGUUAUUGUCUUAAUAGGUUGUAUAAUUUAGAAAUAGUAUUUGAAUAUUUAAAUUUGUUUUCAUA